AAUCCAGUGGCACGGAACAGGGGAAAGAGGCAGAGUGAGCAGUAUGAAGUUCACCGACUCGCCGGUGAUCGAGCUCCCGGUCCGUGGCUCCGUCCUCUCUCUCCAGCAAGAUAAUGGUUCCAUCCACGUCGGAACCUCCGUUUGGCCUUGUUCUCUCGUCCUUGUCAAAUUCGUCGAUCGCUGGGGCCCACCCCUUCCCCCAGACCCCAAUACUCCCAACCCUUACUCCGACCUUCUUGAUUUCCGAUCCAAACGCGCCGUUGAAAUUGGCACCGGAUGCGGUGUUGCCAGCAUGGGCCUCUACCUCUUGGGCCUGUCCGACAUCGUCCUCACUGACAUAGCCCCUGUGAUGCCCGCGCUCAAACGCAACCUUAAAAUCAACAGGCCUGUCCUCGGCAAGAACCUAAAGUACUCGACUCUUUAUUGGAACAAUCUCGAUCAAAUCAGGGCUCUUAAUCCACCCUUCGACUUCGUCAUCGCUACUGACGUCGUUUACAUUGAAGAAUCCGUUGGUCACCUGGUCUCCGCCAUGGAGGCGCUCCUCACGGACGACGGCGUCGUUUUGCUCGGUUACCAGUUAAGGUCCCCCGAGGCACACAAGCUUUUCUGGGAACUGUGUGAGGAAGUGUUUGCGAUCGACAAAGUUCCUCACGAUCACCUUCAUCCUGAGUAUGCGUAUGAGGAAACCGACGUUUACGUGCUGAGGAAGAAGAAAAAACAAUUAUAGCCACUGUGGAGACCAUUACUAGGAAGAAUUAGUGUUGGAAAUUGUCAAAACAUGCCAUUACGUAUUGUUGAUAAGCUGGUAUUCAGGGAAGGUGGAACUACAUGAUCCCAGGCUUCUGUUCAAUUAUGGAACUUUGUGGGACUUGCUAAAAAUUUCUUUAUUUUGUCUACUAUGAAAGAGAUGCCGGGAUUUUCUAAUGCUGGAUUGCUGCACAUCAAUGGUAAAAGGCCAUUUUUCUAUUCAAGGAUGUUGAUUGCAAGAAGAAAAGGCAUUGAAAUUUUGUGUGUCUGGGAACCCUCGACUUCAGGAGUGUGGUUAUACAGUCCAAUUCACGAGUCACGCGUGGAAGCUGUUCUUACAGAGAAUUAAUCGAUAACAUCUGAGAAAAUGUCUUAUUUAUAUUAUUUACAGAAUUAAUAUGCCUAAUCAAGUUGAUGUGAAUGUGUUUUUAGGUUUUAGGAAUCAAUGGUGAAGGAAUAAUUUUCUUCACUACUCUUGAACCAGAUGUUCUCUGUGGUGGGUCAAAUGAACCAGAUCUGCUCUUGAACCCUGAUUGAUUUAGGUGUUGUGGCAGAUGAGACAAAAGAAACCAAAUCACGAGUCAGAUCUGGUUUAAACUUUAGAUGAUUUCAUUAUUUGGCAUCGUAGAUUCCAUGCAAAUAUAAAAUGAAUGCGAUUCUGUGUUUGAACAGCUUGGAGUUCAUAGUUUCAGGGUUUGAGAGAAGAACGAAUGCAAUAGAGGGUCGAAAGAAGAAAGUGAGUGGGAGGCAAGAGAUGAUGAUGAUGAUGUCUCAAAUUAUGGUACUUGGAUUAUAAUAAACUAUUUGAGGUUGAUAUAUAGUCAGAUUAUUUUGACUUGCCGUUACUGCAUGUCUUCUUAAUGUAAUAUACAUAUUUACUGCAAUUACACUAUCAUAAUCAUAGUUAUCCACUCAACAACAUAAUUAAUCUUUAAAAGUUAUACAAAAAUAAUAAUAUUUUGGAAACUUGGACCUAAAGCUUCAAGUGAAAAUGGCAUAUUAUCUGUGGCUGAUGACCACUUGAGGUGCCAGCCAUAUUUGUUUAGUUUAAUGGUUUAGCAAUCGCCCAAGGCAAGGACGCGAUGACGAUAAUACUUCUUCUGACACUGUACAAGCCAUCGUGUGUGGGUGUGUAACAAUGAAUUAAUAAUAACUUAAAGAUUGUUGCACACUUGCACUUUCUUCAUUAA